GUCCGCGUCUCAGAGAGAGAGAGCGCGAGCGAGCCGCUGCUGUCAGAUGCCAGAGGCUGCGCGCGUGCAUGCGGUCCGCGCGGCGACACACGGAUGAGAGGGAGAGCCGCGAGCCGCCGCGGGGAGAGCGAGACGGCUGCCGUGUCCCUGAGCUCGAGGAUGGGCUGCAAUCUGUGUAGUUUACAGAAGAGAGAGGAGCACUACAAACUACUGUACGAGAUCUCACAGGUGAACGGGAGGGAUCUGUCGAGAGCGAGCCAUGAGGAGGCGGUUGAAGCUUUCCGUAGCGCCAAAGAUCCCAUCGUGGUGCAGGUGCUCCGGCGGACGCCUUUACCCCGGGGUCAGGGGUCAUGCCAGGACGUCCAGGUGGUGGACGUGUGCACGCAGACGGAAAUCACCUUCGAGCACAUCAUGGCUUUGGCCAAACUCCGUCCUGCCACACCACCCGUGCCGGACAUCUGCCCGUUCCUCCUGUCGGACAGCUGUCACUCUCUGCACACGAUGGAUCAGGAAUACUUCGAGGGCAGCGAGUAUCUCUCCAACAUGGCGGCAGAUGGCGAGAGGACGGAUGACUUUGAGUACGAGGAGGUUGAACUGUGUCGGAUGAGCAGUCAGGAGAAGCUCGGCCUCACGCUGUGUUACAGGACGGAUGAUGAGGACGACAUCGCCAUCUACGUCAGCGAGAUCGAGCCGAACAGCAUCGCCGCCCGAGAUGGUCGAAUCCGAGAAGGAGACCGUAUUUUACAGAUCAAUGGGCAGGAUGUUCAGGACAGACAGGAAGCUGUGGCUGUUCUAACUAAUGAAGAAAGCAGGAAUAUUGUUCUGCUGGUCGCCAGGCCGGAAAUGCAGGAGGAGCCGUGGCUGGAUGAUGAACACAGCGAAUUCUUAGAGGAGCUGAAGAUGGAAAUGCUGGAGGAACAGAGGAGAGAAGAGGAGGAGGAGAUGAACAGAGCGGCCAGGGAGGAGAAAGAGAAGGCCAGAGGAGCUCCAGAAGAAAACAUCACGGCGUCCUGCUCCUACAAUCACCAGAGGAUCAGUCCGCCGGAUGGAUCAGAGAAGAACGUCCUCGCUCAGAUCCAGAAGAAACUGUCACGGUGUCUGCGUCAGCGGCGAGACGCCGCCGGUCAGAGUCAUGACGGCUCGGUGUCCGAACGCGGUCUGGAGAAGGACGCUCCCGAAGGAGACCGAUAUCAGCAGCUGCUGGAGCUCAAGUGUCAGAUCCGCAACAGCGGCGAGUACGACCUCUUCUACACGCGCAGCAGCACCAUCGAGUGCAGUGGUGUCGAACACGAGCUCCGGCUGCUCAACGAGGAGCUGCGCAGCAUUGAGCUGGAGUGCCAGAACAUCAUGCGGGCGCAUCAGCGGCAUCCGAAGAAGCUGGCGGACAUUAGCGAGCAUCCGGAGAAGUCGGACAAAGACAGUUCGAGCGCGUACAACACGGCCGAGAGCUCACGCAGCACACCGCUCGCGAUGGACCGAUCGCCGGAGCACAGGAUGAUCAGUCUCACCAACCAGAAGAACCUUCGCGGCUCAUCCAUCAGGAGCGGCAGUCCCGACCACAGCAACCCUUCGGAGUCUCCUGCGGAGGAUGAGGGAUCCCUGAGGACUCGGAUCGCCGCCUUAUCGAAAACAUCCGACGUCCACACGCGACAGUACCAGAGCUACGUGCACCUGGUCCAGCAGCAGUCGGCCGUGGAGUUCGCCCAUGGUCUGCUAGGCAUGAGUGGUCCGCAGGUCGCCCGGCCUUCCGAACCCAAGAUGGAGUGGAAGGUGAAAGUCCGGAGCGAUGGAACCAGGUACAUCACCAAGCGGCCAGUCCGAGAUCGUCUGCUCCGGGAGCGAGCCCUUAAAAUCAAGGAGGAACGCAGCGGCGGUAUGACGACCGAUGAUGACGCCAUGAGCGAGAUGAAGAUGGGACGCUACUGGAGCAAGGAGGAGCGCAAACAGCAUCUCCUGCGGGCCAAGGAGCAGCGGCGGCGGCGGGAGUUCAUGCAGCGGAGCCGCUUGGAAAGCCUGCGGGAGAAUCCGCUCAGCAGCGGAGAGGGACGCAAGGAGGUGAGCAUCAUCGAACUCAGCCAGCGCAAGAUGAUGAAGAAGCGCAACAAGAAAAUUCUGGACAACUGGAUGACGAUUCAGGAGUUGAUGACGCAUGGGGAGAAAGCGCCAGAAGGAUCCAAAGUGCACAACGCCUUCCUCUCGGUUACAACUGUAUAGAUUCACACGCAAGCUGUCAAACUUUACCAUUUACCCAUGUGGUACGAUCUACUCUUGCCUCGUUCAAUGUGGCAAUUUUUAUGAGAAAAGACCUGAAGAAUAUUUUUCACACUUUGUUAAUGUUUUCUAAGCAAUUAAACAAGUUUCAUUG